CGUGUUCCUAGAGUAGCGGCUUCCACCGAACAUGGCGUCCCGCGCUUCAGUCUUCGUAACAUUAUUACACUCUUCGGCUCUUGCCUUUUUUAUGUAUCUUAUUUAUCAUGAUCUAAAAAUUGUGACUGCUCACCUUCAAAUGUACGGUGGGCGAUGGAAAUACCUUACUUUUCUAAGCAUCGUAGCAGAAGUAGCCUUCUUCCUCCUUGCCGCACUAGGGGACGUCAUCUCCUUCCUGAUUGGUAGACAGAGUACAACUAUCACAAGCAUCAGGGAUCACCUAUUCACUACCUUGGCUUUCCCAUUUGCUGUGUUUGUUAGUGCCACCUUCUGGGGGAUUUAUGCUGUGGACAGAGAGUUGAUCUUCCCCACUGCUUUGGAUGCUAUAAUCCCUCCUUGGAUUAAUCAUGGCCUGCACACAUGGAAUGCCGUUUUGAUCCUUCUUGAAGGAGCUGUUGUCCAUCACAAGUACCCAGUCAACAGAGCCGGGAUCUUUUUUACCCUCCUCCCAGCGGCAUGCUACUUGGUGUGGAUAACAUACAUUGCCCAGACCCAGAACUUCUGGGUUUAUCCGUUCCUGCGUAUGAUGGAGAAUUCUGGAAGAGCAGCUUUCUUUGGACUCUGUGCUAUAAUUCUAAUCAUCUUUUACUUUAUGGGAAAAUGGAUGACCACAACUAUAUGGGAAGCUGAACCUGUCAAGAAAAGUCAAGAAAGAAAGGCAGUCACCAAGAAAAAGUCAAAGAAAGUAGAAUAAAGUACACAAAAAAUUAUGUAACUGAAACAUGUUUUAUUUACAUCUGUUUUUAUGUAAAAGUGUGAUCAUUUUUUAAAGUAUAAAUUCAAACUUUUGCUAGAAUUCUGUACCAAAUAAUGCUUAGGAAGCUGUCAAUGGCUUUCCAAAAGCAGGCAACAUCACACAACUUGAUAAGAAACUAUUACAAUGCCCCUGUGUGGUAAAUACUUUACAGAGUCUAAAAACCUAAGAAAUUGUACUGUCACUCUGAACCAGACUGUAUAGCACACAAAAAAUCCUUAUGGCUAUUGUUUUUUCUCUUUUCCUUUACAAUAUAUUCAAUAUGUUAUUGUAAAACUAGUACAAAUAUUUACAACUUUUUUUGUUGUUAUACAUAUUCUUAAAUUUGUUGAAGCAUUGCACAUCAAACUAAGGAUGUAAAAAUUGAAAAGCUUCCUACAAUAAACAUCGGCAAGCUUUUGUAA